UCUACAACACCAACCAUGGCGGUCUUCCUCCUCAUCCUAGCUUUGGUCCCUCUGGUUCUUCUUCUUAGCAUCUUUGCUUUCACACCCAGAUCUAAGGGUUCUCGGAACCUGCCACCAGGGAGCUUCGGAUGGCCUAUCAUGGGUGAAACUCUCGAGUUCCUGUUUGGGAAGCCAGAAAAAUUUGUGUUCGAACGGAUGAACAAGUACUCCCCUGAUAUAUUCAAGACGAAAAUUCUCGGAGAGGAAACCGCAGUCAUCUGCGGCCCCAGCGGACACAAAUUCCUCUUCUCCAACGAGCAAAAGCUCUUCACCGCAUUCCGUCCUCAUUCAAUGCAAAAGAUCUUCCGGUCUUACCAAAAGCCCUCUGCCGCGCCAGUCUCCCUCGACAACCAGGCAAAAAUCUUAAAAUCGCCGGGGUUUUUGAAGCCUGAAGCAUUGGUGCGGUACUUGGGGAAAAUGGACUCCAUAACACAGCAACAUUUGCAAACUCACUGGGAAGGAAACGACGUCGUCAAGGCCUUCCCUUUUGCGAAAACGCUCACCUUGACUCUCGCUUGCAGAUUUUUCUUGGGCACCGAUGAUCCAGAACGUAUUGCUCGGCUUGUGAGCAAAUUCGAUGACAUUACGCUGGGGAUGCAUUCGAUUCCGGUGAAUUUCCCGGGAACAAUAUUUUAUAAAGCAAACAGAGCAGCGGCGGGGAUCCGCCGGGAGCUGAGGACGAUUAUUGGGGAGAAGAAGGCAGCCAUGGCAACCGGAGCACCCAUGCAGGAUAUACUGUCGCACAUGAUUGUCGUCACCGACCCAUCUGGGAAAUAUAUGCCGGAGGCUGAAAUUGCCGACAAGAUCAUGGGUUUGCUUGUUGCAGGGUAUAGCACAGUGGCUACUGCCAUGACUUUCUUCAUGAAAUAUGUCGGAGAGAGACCAGACAUCUACGAGAAGAUCCUCGCUGAGCAAUUGGAGGUCUCAGCGUCGAAGAAGCCCGGGGAAGUAUUGGAUUGGGAAGACACACAGAAAAUGAAGUAUUCUUGGAAGGUGUUGAGUGAAGUCAUGAGGCUCACACCACCACUUCAGGGGACUUUCAGGGUGGCUCUCACUGAUUUUACCUAUGCCGGUUACACCAUUCCAAAGGGGUGGAAGGUAUAUUGGACAGUGAGCUCAACAAACAAGAACCAUGAAUUUUUUCCAGAACCAGAAAAAUUUGACCCCUCAAGGUACGAUGAUGCCAAUGCAUUUCCUCCAUUCACGUUUGUUCCAUUUGGAGGUGGAGCUCGCAUGUGCCCUGGGAAAGAGUAUGCUCGGCUUGCCAUUCUCACUUUUGUUCACAAUGUGGUGAAGAGGUUCAAAUGGGAGGUGAUCCUCCCCAAUGAGCAAAUUAUUGGUGAUAUGAUGCCCACCCCACAAAAAGGACUUCCAAUUCGUCUUAUUAGGCAUCAUUAGGGCCUUGUUUCUUUGUAUUGCAAAUCUUCAACAAGUCUAAUUUAGUUUCGUUCAAUUACCAUAAUUUUCAUUCCCCCUACAAAGAAGUAAAAUUUAGAAGAAAGUAGUGCAGAAUAUUGUAAUGGCAAUGGGUGAUAUUUGACUAAUAAGGCGAGUUUUAUUACUGAUAAAAUUCGAA